GUCUGUGGCCAGGCAGCUCAGCAGCCUAGCACCCCAACAGCCAGUCACUUCGUCGCCGGCAGUCAGAUAGCCAACCAUGCUCAACUUCGGUGCCUCUCUCCAGCAGGCUGCGGAGGAAAGGAUGGAAAUGAUUUCUGAAAGAUCAAAAGAAAAUAUGUAUUCCUGGAACAAAACUGCAGAGAAGAGUGAUUUUGAAGCUGUGGAAGCACUUAUCUCAAUGAGCUGCAGCUGGAAGUCUGACUUUAAGAAGUACAUUGAAAAUAGACCUGUCACCCCCGUGUCUGAUACGUCAGAAGAAGAAAAUCUACUUCCAGGCACACCUGAUUUUCAUACAAUCCCAGCUUUUUGUUUGACUCCACCUUAUAGUCCUUCUGACUUUGAACCCUCCCAGAUGUCGAUGCUGAUGGCAUCAUCGCCAUCUACUGGGCAUUUCAAGUCAUUCACUGAUUCUUCCAAGCCUCACAUGGCUGCACCUUUCAAGGAGGAAGAGAAGAGUCCAUUACCUGCUCCUAAACUCCCCAAGGCUCAGGCAACAAGCGUGAUUCGUCAUACAGCCGAUGCCCAUCUGUGUAACCACCGGUCCUGCCCUGUGAAAGCAACCAGCAUUCUCAACUCUCAGGACACUUCUUUUCGAAGAAGAACCCACCUAAAUGUUGAGGCUGUUAGAAAGAACGUACCAUGUGCAGCGGUGUCCCCAAACAGGUCCACAUGUGAGCGAAACACAGUGGCAGAUACUGAUGAGAAAGCACGUGCUGCACUUUAUGACUUUUCUGUGCCUUCCUCAGAGACAGUUAUCUGCAGGCCCCAGCCAGCUCCCGUGUCCCCACAGCAGAAGUCGGUGCUGGUUUCGCCACCUGCAGUCUCCACAGGGGGAGUGCCACCUAUGCCAGUUCUCUGCCAGAUGGUUCCCCUCCCUGCAAAUAACCCUGUGGUGACAACAGUCGUUCCCAACACUCCACCCAGUCAGCCACCUGCUGUCUGUCCACCUGUCGUGCUCAUGGGCACCCAUGUGGCCAAAGGUGCCGUCAUGUUUGUCGUUCCCCAGCCUGUUGUACAGAACCCAAAGCCUUCCUCAGUGGUGAGCCCAAAUGGCACCAGACUUUCUCCCAUCGCCCCUGCUCCAGGCUUUUCCCCUUCCACAGCGAAAGUCACCCCUCCGAUUGACUCGUUGAGGAUAAGAAGUCAUAUCUGUAGCCAUCCAGGAUGUGGGAAGACCUACUUUAAAAGUUCUCAUUUGAAGGCCCACAUGAGAACUCAUACAGGAGAAAAACCUUUCAGCUGCAGCUGGAAAGGUUGUGAACGGAGGUUUGCCCGUUCCGAUGAACUGUCCAGACACAGACGAACCCACACAGGUGAGAAGAAAUUUGCCUGUCCCAUGUGUGAUCGACGGUUCAUGAGGAGUGACCACUUGACCAAACAUGCCCGGCGCCAUCUGUCAGCCAAGAAGCUACCAAACUGGCAAAUGGAAGUGAGCAAACUAAAUGACAUUGCUCUCCCUCCAACCUCUGCUCCCACGCAGUGA